AUUUCUUUUCUGGCGCUAUUUCAGUUGAGGAAAUGGCUUCUUCUUCCGUCUCUCUUCACUACCUGAUCAACUCCUUUAUCUCCAAACCUCAGGGAUUCUGCAACGGAGUUGUGCCAGCACCAAAACCCAGAAGCAGUUUCGUAAGAGAGAGACAAAAUGAAGUCCGACCCAUCAGAGUUGCUUCUCUUGAGAAACAACCUUUCCCUUUAUUUCAGUCUCCUGCUUCUGAGGAGUCCUCCUCGUCCGAGCUGGAGCCAGCAGAUCCGGAUUUCUACAAAAUUGGUUAUGUUCGAAGUGUGAGAGCUUAUGGUGUUGAGUUUAAGGAAGGCCCUGAUGGUUUUGGUGUCUAUGCCUCUAAAGAUAUCGAGCCUCGCCGUCGUGCUAGAGUGAUAAUGGAGAUUCCUCAUGAAUUGAUGAUAACCAUUAGACAGAAGCACCCUUGGAUGUUUUUCCCUGACAUUGUGCCUAUUGGUCAUCCGAUUUUCGAUAUUAUCAACUCUACUGAUCCUGAGAUUGAUUGGGAUCUCAGAUUAGCGUGUCUCCUGUUAUUCUCUUUUGAUCGGGAAGAUCACUUCUGGCGUCUCUAUGGUGAUUUUCUGCCUGCUGCUGAUGAGUGCAGCAGCUUACUUCUAGCCACAGAGGAAGACCUUGCGGAGCUUCAAGAUCCUGAUCUUGUUUCAACUAUUAGACAACAACAGAAACGAGUCCUAGAAUUUUGGGAAAAGAAUUGGCAUUCAGGUGUUCCUCUCAAAAUCAAAAGGCUAGCCGAAGAUCCAGAAAGAUUCAUGUGGGCUGUUAGUAUCGCACAGACACGAUGCAUUAGUAUGAAAACUAGGGUCGGUGCUUUGGUUCAAGACUUAAAUAUGAUGAUUCCUUAUGCUGAUAUGCUAAACCACUCCUUCGAACCAAACUGCUUCCUACAUUGGCGUCCUAAAGAUCGCAUGCUUGAGGUUAUCAAUGCUGGUCAAUCGAUUAAGAAAGGCGAAGAGAUGACGAUUAACUACAUGCCAGGAAACAAGAACAACAUGCUUAUGGAAAGAUACGGCUUCUCAACUCCUGUGAAUCCAUGGGAUGCUAUAAAGUUCUCUGGAGAUUCUCGCAUCCAUUUAAACACUUUUUUAUCGGUCUUCAAUAUUUUUGGCCUUCCCGAAGAAUAUUACCAUGAUAGCGAGUUAUCUGGAGGUGAUUCCUUUGUUGAUGGAGCAGUUAUAGCUGCAGCAAGAACAUUGCCUACUUGGUCAGACAUAGAUCUCCCUCCAAUUCCGAGUGCAGAGAGAAAAGCGGUGAAAGAGUUGCAAGAUGAGUGUCGAAAGAUUCUUGCGGAAUAUCCCACAACUUCAGAGCAAGACCAAAAAUUGCUAGAUUCAAUGCCGCAAGCAAGAACAACGUUUGUGACAGCAGUGAAGUACAGAAUGCACAGGAAGAUGUUCAUUGGGAAGAUCAUCAAGGCACUUGACAUCUAUCAAGACCGGUUACUGUUUUGAUCCGAAGCGAAAAAGAUUUGAUCUUUCUCUUUCCGGGUCAGAGCUGAGAUUCGUACUUAGUCCUCAUUGUUUUUGAGCUACUUAGAAACUGCACCUUAAUAUUGAAUAGUUCUGUUUUUGUUUAGUGUAAUUUUAUGCGUUUGUAUGGGACAGGUAGACUAAAUGUGUAAGUUUGUUUUAAUUGCAAUCGUAAA